AUGGAUUGCAAAGCUCCGCAUUUUCCCGUUUGCUAUGUCAAGAUGGGCUGCCAGAACAGCAAGGUGACGGCGCCGGUGGCAGCGAAGGCACCCAUCACCGUGACAGAGGCGAACACCGAGUCCAAGGCCUCCACCGAAGCGCCCGUCGAGCCUGUGCCCUCCCAGGAGGUCUCGCCGUCCCAGGAGGAGAGCAAGGCAGAGCCGAAGGACUCUGCAGUUUUUGAGCCAGCCGAGGUUUCGCAAACUGUGGAGGAGACCAAGGAGGAGCCCAAGAUGGAAGCUGCGGUGGAGGCUGUGGCAGCCGCCGUGGAAGAGGCGAAGCAGGAGAUUCAGGUGGAAGCCAAGCAAGAGCUGCCCAAGGAGGAGGAAGUGAAGGAGGCUGUGGCGGACUUGGCGAAAGACGCGCAGGAGCAGUUGAAGGACCUGAAGGCAGAGGUCGCCGAUGCCCCGACCGUCCUGGACACAGCAGUGUUUGGCGAGUCCAAGACGCCGACCUGCAACCUCUUCGGCUGGUGUGCGUGA